GAAUCUUUACCUUGUUUUCUAGCAAGAUAUUGUUCCAUUCUUUUUCCUAUGUAAACAUUAGUCCCAAACAAAACAAAACAAAACCAAUCUUUUCUCAACAUUCAGAAUCAAACAUGAAAAAGCUAAACACAUGUUAUUCAAACUCAACAUCAUCAUCGUCGUCUAAGCUAGGAGUUGACAAAGAUUCACAAUUGAUAUCAAAAUUCAAGCCGAAGAUCCGAAUAAUUCACAUAUAUGCUCCAGAAAUCAUAAAAACUAAUGCUGAAAAUUUCAGAGAGCUUGUUCAAAGACUCACAGGAAAGCCAGAAGAUCAUGAAGGGGGAGGUGCAAGAAGCAAAUCCAAAACUGCAACUCCACCACUAACCAAAGAUUCAAUGGAUUUAAACCUCGAAAAGGCGAUGAUUGUUCAAGAAGAUGAAAAAGAUUUUCUUAAUCUGCAAAAUGGGAUAAGGAUAAAGAAUGAAACUGGUGAAGAAGAUAUAUGGAGAAAAUCAAAGUCAAAUGAAAAGUUCAAUGGUUUCUUAGAUGGUUUUUCAGAAUUAGAUGGUUUCAUGGAAGAGUUAAGUACUAUGCCUCUUCUUAAUCAAAAUUAAGUCCAUAUUUUGAUGUGUUGCUUCUUACUCCCUUCGGUCACUAUUAUAAGCAAAAAACCACAUUUUAGGUUCAUUGAAAAAAUAUUGUAUUUGGUCAAUAAUAUAGAUCAGAUACAUUAUUUUUUAAUGAAACUAAAAAGUGAUUUUUUUGCUUAUAACAAUGACCGGAGAGAGUAAUUGUUUUGCUAAUUGAUGUGUGCAUAUUAAUUAUUACAAGAAUUAUUCAAAGAAAAAGCUUAUGCUUAUUGAAGAUUGACAAUUAUAUUUACCUAGUUUCUGAUAAUAUGCAUGUGUGUUGAUUUCAAUUUUCAAGUUGCCCUUUUGAUGCAAAAAGAUUAUAGUGAGCAUUUAUGAACAUUACUU